ACAUUGUUGAAAGAAGCGAACUCUCGUCUCGCUCUCAUCGCUCGCGGUGCCAUUCCUUCAGCAAAGGACCCCGUCACGGGAGCAUUCGUGCUUGACCGCGAUGGGAAACACUUCGCGUUGAUACUGAACUGGCUUCGAGAUAGCUGGGUCCUCCUUCCACGGACGGCAGAGGAGCGGCGGGAGCUGCUGCAAGAGAUUCGCUACUACCAGCUGAGCGGCUUCGAGGGCUGGCUGCGCACCCAGGAGGUGCUGUCGGACGCGGGCGGCUACGGCGCCGCAGAGUACUCGGCAAUGGAGAGCCCGCGGCCGCGCAUGCAGUACACGUCCCUACACCCACAGCAACAACACCAGCAGCACGCCUACACGCCCUACGGCUACCCCACCAGCACACUAGCCUCGCCUCCCGGCACAGCCACUGUCACCUCGCCGCCUCGUGGUGGCGGCGGCGGCGGCGGCGCGCCCGGCGCCGCCUGGGGCGCGCCAUCUGCCGCCGCCGGCGGCCCCGGCCCGUCGCCUGGCUUCGCCACAGGCAGCUUUGCAGGUGGCAGCCUGGGCCGUGCGUCGCCAAUGCGCAGCCCCGGGCUGGGGCUGGGCCUUGGGCUGGCCGGUGGCGCGGGGCUCACGCAAGCGUGGGGACCGGGAGGGGCGGGGGCGACGGGCGGCGCGGGCGGCGUGGCGGCGUCGCUGCGGGAGACCUUCCUGGCGGCCACGGCGCCGCAGCGGCCGGCGGCGCACGUGGCGCCCUACGGCCUGCCCAGCACGGCUGACGAGGCUGCCAGCUGGACGAGCAAGUACCUGCGUGGCAAUGAGGGUCUGAGGGAGCUGGUGAACACGCUGCUGGAGCUGGCGUACGUGGCGCCACACAGGUCGCUGCAGGCCGGCAAGUCGCACGUGUCGGUACACGUGGCGUGCGGGCACGGCAGCGAGGCCAGCCUGGUGGGCAGCAAGGAGGAGCAGCUGCGGAGCAAGCUGCUGGACAUCCGGGUGCGGGGCGCCCUGGGCUGGGCCUUUGAGCUGACGCUGCGGCCCAGCAGUGACGCCGUGCUGUGGGACAAGUACGGCGACAUCGCGCCGGCGGUGCAGGACAACUGGUUUGUGCUGGGCGCCAUUCUAAAGGACCAGUUCGGGGUGGUGCUGGAGGAGGACCCCGCGGGCCGGCCCACAUGCGCCGCCUGCCGCCGCACCUGCCUGGCCGUCACACUCAACAAGAUCUUCUGAGGCACUGGAGGGCGCGGUGCAGUGCGGGCGUGAUAGAGGGCGAGGGCGCUGGAGGGCGGGAAAGCGACAGGGCGCGAGGAAGUGUGAACGGGUCGUGUCAGCAACUAGGCAUGCUGGGGGCCGCGGCACACAGAGGUGCAAGGCGGGCGCGUGUACGCAAGAGGAGGAUGAAGCACCAGGGCCUGUCGUGGCCGCUGAAUGUGUGGGAGGGCAAUUGCCGCACUGCUCUGAUGGGCAGAUUGGCCCGCUGGUCGCGCCCCCGCUGCAUAUGUUAUGACGCAUGUUACGAGUC